CACGUUGUCAACGCCUAGUAAAAAAAAAAAAAAACUCAAACUACGCAACAAGGAAGUUCUAAACCUGUUGGCGUCGUCUAUUCGUCUACUUUAUUGUAUUGUAUUGCGCUAUAUGUACCGCACCCUCCAUAAACAGCCUCCUGGGUUUACUGGGUAUUCUCAGGCAUAAUGAGCGAGAUCGAAGAGCAGGAAUUUCAAACGGUGGCAAUUGGGCAGCGAGAGGAGUCGACAGGGCCAGAAAACCACAUGCGCCUAAAUCCGUCCGAGGGUCAGAAGGAGGAAGCUGCUCCUUCGGACUGCGGGACCAGUGAAAAUAGCCGGCCGGCCGCCCUGGACCAGUUCAAGAUAAGGCGAUUUUUUGUCUUGAGGCCUGGCACACUGAAUCAAGCCAUUGAAGACAUACAGGCUAUGGUGGAUAAAGAAGUAGAUGGCAGUGUGCUCAGUGUUUGGCUGAUGGCAGAGGUGGAUCACUGGAACAAUGAGAAAGAGCGCGUUGUGGUCAUCACAAACAACUCUCUUCUCAUCUGCAAGUACGACUUCAUGAUGCUGAACUGUGAGCAAAUCAGCAGGAUCCCACUCAACUUUGUAGACCGCAUCUCCCACGGAAGCUUUACCUUCCCGAAAGGCUCCCUGCUCAUGAGAGAGGGUGAGGGGUUGCGAAUCUUCUGGGACAGGCUGAGAGAGCCCUCGUUUACCUCGAGGUGGAACCCGUUUGCCACUGACUACCCUUUCAUCACCUUCACCUACCACCCCGUGAGGAACACCAAUGACAAAUUUGCUGCCCUGUGUGAAAUCCAGAACUUCCGUGAGCAGCUCAAAGAUGCCGCCGAGAAAGCCCACGCUGUGAAGCCAUUUCCUGGGAAGGCCAAUGGUGUCCUGAUCCUAAAUCAGCCCAUCCACAUUGAGGCUUAUGUGGGCCUCAUGUCUUUCAUUGGGAACCAGAACAAGCUGGGCUACUGCUUGGCUCGAGGGAACAUUGGGUUUUAAAGUAUUUCCUUCAAGAUUGUAUUUAUCCAUUCUUUAUCUUCUCACAUUUUGUGAUUUGUUUUAUUUAUUCCACACUUAUUUUUUAUUACUUUCCAUUUACAAAUGAGUCAGAUUCUUUGAAAUCGUACAUCAUGGGUUCAUCAUGGAUUGACCGUGGGGUUUUCUUUUUGUGUUCAGUUCAAUUAGUGGGGGGAAAAAAAUGCAGUUAAAACACAAUAACAUCUCAACAUUUUAAAAUGUGUAAUAUGAUAUGUCUCUUCAUGAUCUCAUCUGCUGCUUAUUACCAGUGCAUGGCGAAUGUAGACUCUGAAAUAUGCCCAUUUCACCACAGCUCUUGAGUGGAUGAUGGAUUCCCUGCUGCUCUCAAGGAGCUCUGUGUUACCUCAGUGAUAUGGUAAUUCAACUCUUUCGCAAUGGGAGCCCUUUGUUCCUCCCCCAGUUCCUCUGCUAAAAGCUCAUCCCGGUGCCACUCAACCCCUUGGAGAUUCACUAGAGCAUGGGGACACAUUUGUCAGUUUAGUUUUAUCAUUCAUAGUGUAUUAUUACAGUGCGCAAGGUGCUGGAUCCCCCGCCCCCCCUCCAGAUUUUUAGGUCUGUCGUGUUCCUAUCUGCCUUGUUUGGCUCCGUUUGCCUUGUUUUUGUGGCACGGACCAGCAAAUGUAAUCACCUGUAUCAUUCUCUUCUUUUAUUCUAAAUCCGUGUUAUGCAGUUUAUAUUUAUAGCCAUGUAACGAAAAUCACAACUUUUUCAUUAAUCUAUCAUUAAAGAUGGCCAGUUUUGACCCCGUUCUUUUUAGUUCUUUUAAGCUGGGUCCAAAUAAAAUGUCAGCAUGCUGGGCAUGUCAGUCUUUGAAAGAAAAGUUUGACCAUAUGCAAUAGCAAUUACUGUUUUUUCUUUUGACUCUUAAAUUUCAUUAUUGCACUCUAUUUGUUUGUUGUAACAAAUUGUCUUUGCCUUGCAUUUGACUGCCAUUUUAAAGGAAAAUUAAUUCCUAAUUGAGCUAUUUGGUGAAGCGUUUCGUGUUUGAAC